GAAAGUUUUAACACUUUAAAACACAAAAUGUCUGAUAUCGGUUCAGAAGAGAUGGAGGAGGAGCAGGGGCCAUAUUUAGGCGAAUAUGAAGGUGGACGUAAUGAAAAUGAAGAGCGCCAUGGUCAGGGGAAAGCAACAUUGCCAAACGGUGACACAUACGAGGGCAUGUAUGAUUGUGGUAAACGACAUGGACAGGGAGUUUAUAGAUUUAAAAAUGGUGCCAGAUACAUUGGUGAAUACUUAAAGAACAAAAAACAUGGACAGGGAACGUUUAUUUAUCCAGAUGGUUCAAAAUAUGAAGGUGGUUGGGUUGAUGACCAGCGAUGCGGGUUUGGUAAAUAUUUUUAUGUUAAUGGAGAUAUUUACGAAGGUGACUGGCAAAACCAUGUACGACACGGACAGGGAACCUACACAUAUGCCGCAACAGGUACAAAAUACGUCGGGCGCUGGCAGAACGGCAAACGGGAAGGCCAUGGCGAGCUGGUGCACACGAAUCAUAAAUACGUUGGUGUAUUCCGUGAUGAUAAGCCAAUGGGAAAAGGAAAAUAUGUGUUUGAUAUUGGAUGUGAGCAGCACGGAGAAUACAUCCCUGUAGAACAGGAGAAAGAAGAUAAGGGAGCUGAGGAUGAAGAGGCAUCAGCAAACAUCAUUCCUAAGUGGAAGGCAGGUCAAGUGACAACUAUCCAUCUACAGACAGAAGAGGAGGACGAGGAGGUUGCAAAAGAAGAGGAAUCAAGUCAAGAACAACCACCACCGGAGGCUACGGAAGGAGAGGCUCAGCAACAGGCUGAAGGAACCACAGGGGAACAGCAGGCAGAGGAGGCAAAGCCGGAGGAACAGACAGAGGCACCACAGGAAGGAGAGGCUGAAGGUGAGGCUGCAAAGCCAGAGGGUGAGGAACCAAAAGAAGAGACACAAGCAGAAACAACUGAAGCCCCAGAGGCCCCCGCAGAAGGUGAGACGACAGAACAAGUCUCAGAGGAGGCACCGCAGCAAGAGGAAGCGCCAACAGAGCAGGCUGAACAGGAAGCUUCUGCCGAGUAAUGGAGUGCAGAUUAACAUUGGUGGGUGGGAUAGGGUGGACAUUAUUACUCAGUAUUGUGACUUUGUGUAAAGAAGAAAUCCAACUGAUCUGGACAACAAACUGUUUGUGGAAAGUACACAAGAAAGGCAUUUGUACAACAAAGUCAUGGAUUUCAUGGAAUUUUUUUUCUGAUAUUGUGACAGUUGACAGAAAGUUUCUUUAGAAAUUGAGACUAAGUAAAAUCGGAGAAACCACAUAAACAGAUGAUUAGAAGUGAAAACUAGUAUUGGAAGAAAGUUAGAGAAAGAUAAGAAAUGUGAUAUUUAGGUAUAUAAGUCUUUGCCUUAUUCAUGGACAUAUAUAUAUCCUGGAUAGUUAAAACAUUCCAAAACUGUGCUCAAGCAUUACAAUACUCUUGUGGAUAUGAAGACAAUAAAUUUCAAGCAAAAUGUCUGCAAGUUGGAAUAUUCAUAAAACUGUAUAAUUUCGUAGAUAGACAGCUUUUAUAAAAAUCUAUCUGUAUGAAUUGACUGCCAUUCUAUCGAUUAAUAUGAAAAAAGGAAAUUGUCUCCCUUCUUCCAAUUUGUAUUACAAUCGUAAAUGAGUUAUCUCCCUUAGUUGACCAUUCCUUGCAAAAUAAUUCUUUUCAUGUACUUCCUCUCAUGAUAGGUAUUCUUUCCCAUUGUUGAUAACUUAUCUCCUUUCAAAGAUAGAGUAUCCACGGUGUUGCAUAUUGUGAGUUAUUUCCCUUGCAAGAUGGGAAUUUCCCUUCCAAGGAUGAUACAAGUACUAAUUAAUAAUUGGAGUGCCUUCUCACUACUGUACUUACUUUAUUUUGCAAGGGAAAAAGACUUUGACACAAAGACAUUUUGGAACAUGUUUUAGACAAAAGAAUAAUGCUGUGAUAUGUAUUUGGAAGUCAGAUCCGCGUGGGUGUUCUGAACAAGAUAAUGAAUUAUUUAUAACGCUUCACACCUGUAAAUACAUUAAAUUAUCGCUCUCU